UUUCAAUACCCUCUUUUCUCACUUCAUUUUACAUAUAUUUUUUAUGAUAAUGGCCCAUCAAAAACCGAGUACGAAUCCGGUCGAAAAUAAGCCAAAAAAGCGUCAAGAAGGAACCAGUGCUAAUGGUUUACCAGUGCCAAUCCAUCCUGAUGAUGCAAAAGAUAAAGUAUUCACGGCUAUUUUGAAAGCUUUAAUCAAAAUGGGAAAUAAACCAAGCUCACCAAAAGAAUUGGCAAAUAUAAUUGUGAAGCAUAAAUAUGCAACACUUGGGUAAAUUUAUAUAUACAUAUAUAUUUGACAACAUUUUAACCAUCAUUUAGUGGUGCCACACCUUUUGCUACAGUCUCCUCUCGUAUUUCACAACAUUUCAAAAGAGCCGCUGAGCAUAAUCCUCCAAGAGCUCCUUUACUCGCAAAACAUGUCGAUCAACAUCAUUCUAGAAAAAUUAACUAUUC